AUGGCCCGUGUCGUUCGGGCCGCGACAUUGCCACUGGCCGGAUGCCGCUCCGCGUCCGGUUUCCGCGCUCCGCGGCGCCAUGUGCCCCGGCCGGCUGCGCCCCGCGCCCCGGCGCCUGCUGCUGUUGUGCGGCCGGCUGCGCCCUGCGACCCGGCGCCGGCUGCUGCCCUUCGGCCGUCUGCGACCGCCCGUUGGCUCCCUGACGCCCGCGUCAACCCGGCCUCCAGCCGCACCGGCUCCAGUACCCGGCCACCCCCGCGCUCGGAUGCGCCGGCUUCCCGUCGCCGCGACCCGGCACCCGGCCUCCCUCCGCCAGCGCUGGCCGCCCCGCUCACCAAUCGGUCGUCUUCGCGCCGGCUCCGGUCUCGUCCGCGCGCCUCCUCCGGCUACGCUCGCUGCGCUCCCGCCCGCCGGCCGGCUCCCCUGCUCGCGCGCGCCGGCCUCCAGUGGCUCCCGUGCGCCUGCGCCCGUGGCCGCCUGGCCUCCCCGCCCUCUCAGCCUCUCCAGCACCCGGCCUCCCGCGUGCCUCCCCCUCCGCCCCAGCCGGCGCCCCGCCCCGCGGCCGGCUGUGCCGCGCCGUCCCCACACCGUCCGGCUCCCCGCUCGCCCGCUGCUGGCUCCUGUUAUGGCCCCGACUGCCCACACGAGGACGGGCAGAGAAAUAGAGCAGAGCCGGGUAAGAGAAAAGUCAGAGGCCGACUGCCCGCUAGCCGGCUGGAGAAAGGUGAGGCCAGGUGCCCAGCCGACUGA